AUGUCCAUUAAGUCAUACUGGGAUGACAUCUCCAAGACAAUCUAUUGUUCCCUCCUGAAAGACGAAUGCUACGACAGAAGAAAUCAUCAUUGCUACUUUCGAAGACUUUCUCUUCACAGAUAUUUUUUUCUCUUUAUCUUUCUUUUCUGUUUAUUUCUCUUUAUUUUUCCUCGAAGGAGUGGUGAUAUUCCUCCAGAUUUUCUUCGUGGAUUCCUUCUUCUGUUAUUUAUUUACUCUUUUCUUUCAGUUUUUUUAGAUAUCGCUCGGUCGCACCUUCCUUUUUUUCUCUCGUCGUUAUUAAUUUCGUUUUUUUUUUUAGUCUUUCUAAUUUUAUUUCUCUCUCUCUCUCUCUCUCUCUCUCUCUUUGUGUCUCUAAUCUUUCUUGUCUCUCUUUUUUCUUUCAUUCUUUUAUCUAACAUUCCUCUUAUUACUUUUUCUUCCUGCAUCCUGAUUUUUUUUCUUUUCUCUUCUUCCCAUUUCUUCACCUAUUCUUCUUAUAUUCCUUUUAUUUCUUCCGUCUGUUUGUUUUUCCUUUUACAUUUCUUUUCUUCUAUAUAUUUCUCUUCUGUCUUUCCGCAUUCUUUUUUACACCCUCCCUUUCUUCAUUUUAUUUUUCUCAUUAUCUACCCUUUCACUUUUAUUCUUUCUCCCAUCUUUUUUUUUUUUUUUCUGAAUCCUUGUUCUCUUUUUCUUCUUUUUCUUCUCCCGUCCAUUCUGAAUUCUUCCUCCUCUCUCAUCCCUCGAACUUUCUCCUUAUUCUUCUCGCUUUCUGACACCUUCCCUUUCUUCACUGUCUCCAUCGUUCCAUUCUUUCGCUUCUUUCAAUUCCGUUGCCCUCACCCCCCCCACCACCAUUCCAAAUCGGAUCUUCGUGCUUCAACCACAUCCAAUAUCAUAUCUUCCAUGUAA